ACGAGGCUAUAAAAAAUGGAAGUAGGAGUUUCAAUCAAUGAGCUGAGUGCUGGGGUCUUUGUCACCAGGUGCUUGUUGAGAGAGAGAGACCUUCGCAGCGGCAUGGGGACUUCACUGAUUUGGAUUGUCGCUUCGGUUGCGCUAAUCUGCGACCAAGGUGCUGCACUAAAAUGCUACGAGUGUGUGGAUGUGUACGACACAAAACAAGAAUCCAACGAAAAUUGUCGGUCCAACACUGAGGCACUCACGGCCGAGGAAUGCCAGCGGCCGAACGGUACCGAGCCGGAGGCGACUCCUCGUUGUAUGAAGGAGGUUGGAACGGUCACUAUUGAACCUGACACCGGGGGCGCGGUUCAGGAGCAAGAUGUCUUGCGCUCAUGCAUAUGGUUGCUGCCUGAUGCACCGGAGAACCAGUGCUUCAACGCCCCGAGCGAAGACCAACCGCUAGAGGAGAUAUCGGUCGUCGAAGCGCAUCGCACCGAUAUCUUCGAUGUCUACGCCUUGUGUGUGUGUAACACGGACAGCUGUAACGGGGUAGGCGCACUCCAGUCGUCAUUCGCACCACUGGUCUCUGCCUUGGCUUCGGCAGCUCUGCUGGCGAUCUUGCGUUCGCCCUAGCCUAUACAAAUUCCCCACAGCAGGGCCAAAUCGGUUUGAUUAAAGUGGGGACUUUCUGUUUUUGCUUAUUUACGCUGCUUGCAAAUAAAAUAAUAAAGAAGAAGAAGAGUUUACAAGCUUUAGAUGAGUAGUUUAUGUACAUCCAAACAAUGUUUUAUUCAUGUAUGGUGAUGAAUGACUGGUAAUGUCGAUAAACUCAUUGGUCGUAUUGGGCAUGCCUCAGUUGUUAGAACCACAGAGUAUGCACAAAAAAGUGCAACAUCCAGAAAAAAUAUGAUUAAAACUGUUCAUUUUUUUCUUUUUCAAUGUAUUUAUGUAAUACAUUAAAGCCUGACUAUUUCUUAAUCCACUCUUUUUUACCCAGAUCCAGAAAUACAAUCAAUGAAGUGAAAGGGUGUAAGUUUUACUUGGGCCACUCUCACCUGGACAUGCUGAAUCUUGGUUCAGCAUUGAAUAGGCAUUGAGCAGGCAUUGAAGUAGGGGACAUCAUAGGUGAAAUGGUACCAUUUGUCGAUGGGGGCACUGUUUAAAGCCGACAAUUAUACACACUAACACACAAUUUUAUGGGGUUUUUUUUCAGGGCGAUACAUUCGCGAAAUUAAAAUAAGGCACCCGUAA